AUGGCCGCCGUCGUCGCUCGCCGUCGCCCGCCCACUGGCUCUGCCAUGCUGACGGCCACCACUCUCGUCCCCUUUCUCUACUACCCGACUCUCGCCCUUGCCACGCCCCGCUGUUCUCUACACUUUUCGACUUUGAAACCGAAAUCAUCUUCAGCAUCACCCUCCUCUUGUCGCGCCACACCCGUCAAACACGACGGCUCAUCACCACGCCGCUGCGUCAGCACCACCGCCGGUGACACCACAACCACCCGCAACGACCUGCCCGAAUCGCGCCUCAACCCCGCUCCGGACGACUACGCCGCCUCCAGCUUCACUGACAAUGCCGAAAUCACCAUCUACGCCGGUCGUGGCGGAAACGGCUGUGUGUCCUUUCUCCGCGAGGCCUACCUACCCGACGGCCCGCCCAAUGGCGGCGACGGCGGCGCUGGCGGCAACGUCUACAUACAGGCCGCCCACGGCCAGACGUCCCUGCACAAGGUCGCCCGCCGCCGCUUCGUCCGCGCCGGCCACGGGCAAAACGGCCAGGGCAGCUCCAAGGGCGGCGUCCGCGGUGACGACGUCAUCAUCACCGUCCCCGUCGGCACCAUUGUCCGCGAGCUCGAGCGCCAAGACCCCGUCGCUGACGAAGGCGUUCGCGUCCGCGCCUACCAGCAGGUCAUGAAGGCCCGGCGCCGCGCCGUCCACGAGAUGGAGACGCGGAUGCUGCAGCAGAGAAAGAUGGAAAAGCACGCCGGGCAGGCCAAUGAGAAGAAUAAGAAGACAAAGGCCGAGGAGGAUGAGGAGGAUGAGGAGGAUGAGGAGGCGGCGGCGGUGGGUGUAAAAGGGUUGCGCAAUUUCGCGGGCAUAGAAAGACACGGGCAGCUCGCGCAGCAUCUGCAGCAAGAGGCUGGCGAGAUAGAGGAAGACGAGCCUCCUGAAGACCCCCAGCGCGACAAGUGGCUGCUUUACCCGGGCAUGUCCAAGACGGACAUGAAGGCCGCCGAGUUCCCACCGCUCCCGCGCCGCACGCGCCUUCUCCAGCAACCCCCCGGUCCCAUCUACCUCGACCUCUCACGGCCCACGCCGCGGCCCAUCCUGCUCGCCGCCGGCGGCAUCGGCGGCCUCGGCAACUCGCACUUCAUCUCGCGCUCCCACCGCCGCCCGCUCUUCGCCACAAAGGGCGAAGCCGCCCCGACGCUGCGCAUCUCGCUCGAGCUCAAGCUGCUCGCCGACGUUGGCCUCGUCGGGCUGCCCAACGCCGGCAAGAGCACGCUGCUGCGCGCCCUGACGAAUAGCCGCGCGCGCGUCGGCAACUGGGCGUUUACGACGCUCGUGCCCAACAUUGGCACCGUGGUGCUAGACAAGUACGAAGGGAGACAACGCUGGGCGCUGCGCCGGCCGCGGCGCAGCACCGAGGAAACCAAGGUCGGAACUGUUAACGACGCGGACGGGUGCUUGAACGAGGAAGAGGCCUGCACGAGGUUCACGGUAGCCGACAUUCCUGGGCUCAUUGAAGGCGCCCAUCUCGACCGGGGCCUCGGUAUCGCGUUUCUGCGACACGUCGAGCGCGCGGGCGUCUUGGCCUUUGUGGUCGACCUAUCCGCGGGCGACGCCGUCGCCGCUCUCAAAGCGCUGUGGCGCGAAGUCGCCCUCUACGCGACCAUGCGCGACGAAGAGGAGCGCGUGCGCGCCGCCACCAUUCCCGACGCCGACGAGGCCGAGGAACCCUUUACCAGCGGCACCGUCAACCUCAUGAUGCCGCCCCAGGAGCACGUCUUGCAGGCGUCCACCACGACGCCCACCAUGCACACCGCCGGCAAGCCGUGGUUCGUCGUCGCCACAAAGGCGGACCAGCCCGACACGCAGCACAAUUUUGCGGCGCUGAAGCGCUAUCUGGCGUCGGUGACGAGCGGCGCCGAGCCGCACCCGAGCGGUGUGGUCGACGGCGCCUGGGUCAAGGACUGCGCUGCGAUUCCGGUGAGUGCCAUUCACGGGCAGGGCGUGCAGCGCAUCGUGCAUUGGACGGUUGGCCUGCUCAAUCAGGAGUAG